AUGGAGCAACCUGGGGCUGCCAAAGGCUGUCACCCUGAACUUGUGAAGUGGCUACUUGAACAUUUUUACGUUUGUGAAGGCUGGAGCAUUCCGCGUGGUCUCAUUUAUCAGUUUUACUUGGAAUAUUGCAAUCACAAUAGAUUAACUCCAAUAAAUGCAGCUACUUUUGGGAAGUUUGUUCGUUCAGUGUUUAGUGAUCUGAGAACAAGGCGUCUGGGUACAAGAGGGUGUGCAAGAUAUCAUUAUGAAGGAAUACGUGUGAGACUACAUUCUCAUCUAUAUGGUCGAUAUUCAUCUCUGAUGACCAAUAAACAAUUUGAAAGUUUAGAUUUUUCUAGCUUGGAAAGAGAAAGUUUCUUCACUGUCGACAACAAGUGCAGAAAGACAGAAAAAAACUCCGGCUCUACAUGUGAAUUAACUCGAUUUACCUCCUGGGAACAAGAAUUAGAAAAAAAAUAUUCUACUCAAAUGUUUACUGAAGUUGCAGAUUCAUAUUAUAACCAUUGCCAAGAAAUCCUGCAGCACAUUAGAAGUAAUCAACUUGACAAGGUCAGAAGUCUCCUUUUGAUGUUCUGGGAGUCGUUCACAUACGAUGCUAUCGCUACAUCUUUCCCAGAUAUAUGCCAGCUUUUCUGCUCUUAUGAUGCACAAAUGUACAAGAUGAUAGAAGAAAUUCUUCUUCGCGAUUUUCUUGGUGACUUUUCUGUGCAACAUCUUCAGAGUGCCAGAUACUUUGCUAAAAAGUUUAAAAGUUGGCUAAUUGAAGCACUGGAGGGCAUACCAUUGCUACUACAAUCAAUGAAAAUGAGAGCAGCAAAUAUGUUUGUCAAUCGACUGAGAAGAAGAACUUGUAUUUGCAACCUAGCAAAGAGCAUGCACAUAGUUUUGAAUAAUCAUAGAAUGGUCAGCACCUUAAGAACUGACCUCCGUUCUAUUAUUAGUCAGGGGCUGUUGAAUAUCCCCAGUAAAUCCACAAAAACAUUCAAGUGUUCACUGCAAGAAAUAGGCUGCAGUUUUGAAUGGAAAUGUUUUGAUAGUUUGCUAGCUUUGCUAGAUACUGCAGCAGAUAUUAGAGCUUACUUUCAGUGUGUGUCAACCCUUGUGCAUCUCUUUGUAUUUCAGCCCAGCAACUUCAGGGGAGAAGAGUUCACACAACUAGCUGCAAAUUUCCAGUUGAGAUGGAACUACUUCCUGUCUGCAAUAAGUCGUGCUUUAACACUGUCAAAUGCAGAAUCAUUUGGAUCUUGGCACUUGGUGAACCUUCUAAUUUCUGAGUAUUUAACUCAUGUACUUCAGUCCUACAUGGAAGAGGAAAUGGAAAAAUCAGUAUCAGAAAACAUGGGCCAACUCUCACAUGAUUCAAUUCAGGAACCAGACUUAGAAUCCGUUCUCAAAAAGUAUUCAGUACCAGAGUCUCUUAAUGUAAAGUCUGAACAAACAGGUGACAAAGACCUUAAUCUGCAAAAUAUCACCAUCAAACCUUUGGGCUUUAAAGUUGAUACAUUGACUGGCAACAAGUUAAUUCAGGUGUUGGUUGAAGAGGAGCCAAGUAAGAGUACUCUUAAACUGAAUCUGUCAUUAGGAAAGAAAGCAGUUGUCACUUUAAAGAAUGGCCAAACAUUUGAAAUCCACACUUCCAAGAUGCAGCAACAUGUAGCUGGUGAUGUGCAAACAUAA